AUGACUUUUUCAUCAUCCAACCCCCAGAACGGGGCAGAACCAAGCUACGCAAACGUCUGGGAGGACACUGAGACGGAAUCGUGUGACAGCCCCUUGCCUCGUGUGAUAAGCUUCUCUCGGCGGCCAAUGGCGGAAUUCAGCUGUCCCAAAGGAGGCAUAUCAGGUAUCUCCAGACUUCUUGCAGCAGAGAGGAAACAGUUCAACCAAAAUUCGAAACCUUCUCUCUUGACAGGACUGCUCAAGCCAUCUCCGAUCGUCGAACCACUAGUCUCACCCACUAUCACAGAGCAUCCUAUCACCUUUCCGACUAACAUACCCGGAGCAACAAGGACAAGUCGGGGCCUCGAGUCUCUUCGCAAUUUCCACAAAUUCGGGAUAUUAACUGCCUCCAACGCGCCUGUCUCUGCUGAAAGCCAAAUCCCUGAUCCUCCCCCGGCCGCAUGGCCAGACUCAUACGAGGAACAUGACCACUCACCCCUAUCUCCUCCAGCGUCACUCAUCGCAGAACCUUUUGACCCUCAAGACUACCAAUACGACAAAAGGCACCGCCCGAGCAUCCCUGACCAACAACAUCAGUCGCACCCUAUCCGCGAAACUCGACCGGCAUACUACGCUUUCCCCGCCUACUGCCCACGGAAGCCAUUCCAGACAUCCCCUCUCCUGGCAUCCUCUUUAUCCAAUUCGUCAUCAUCACCACAGAGAGAAUAUUCCCCCACCCGCAACGACACCGCUAUCGCUGGAAUUUCUCUUGGAGCUGGCGGCGGCUCUGAAGUCGAAGCCAGCACCGGCGCUGUAAUCAAAGCUAUGACCAUAGCCGGCUCCAAGAUAGACCCGCUCCCCUCGCCUCUCCUCCGCUCACCGACUGCACCGACUUCACUCAUUGAUUCAUGGGCCGCCAACGCCUACCGCAACCCCUCAUCCCGUGCGUCAACCACAUCGAAAGCUGCAGCAGACCCCGCCUCCUCCUCCCCCUAUUACUGCACCCGCUGCGCCGUACCCCUCAUCUUUGACAUCUCUUAUCUCGACCAGGAGGAGAGUUGGGAAUACUGUAACUGCGCUUCCAACAAUAAAAAGUUGGGAAUUUCGUUGUGCUAG